AUGCUGGACUGGAGAUUGGCAAGUGCACAUUUCAUCCUGGCUGUGACACUGACACUGUGGAACUCAGGAAAGGUCCUCUCAGUAGAUGUAACAACAACAGAGGUCUUUGAUUCUGGAGUCAUAGAUGUGCAGUCGACACCCACAGUCAGGGAAGAGAAAUCAGCCACUGAUCUGACAGCAAAGCUCUUGCUUCUUGAUGAAUUGGUGUCCCUAGAAAAUGAUGUGAUUGAGACAAAGAAGAAAAGGAGUUUCUCUGGUUUUGGGUCUCCCCUUGACAGACUCUCAGCUGGCUCUGUAGAUCACAAAGGUAAACAGAGGAAAGUAGUAGAUCAUCCAAAAAGGCGAUUUGGUAUCCCCAUGGAUCGGAUUGGUAGAAACCGGCUUUCAAAUUCCAGAGGCUAA